GUUUUUCACCAAGCGCUAUUGAGAUCUGAUAUCAGUGCUAUACUUCUUUUACAAGUGACAAACUACUAGCGUCUUGGAGUUGGGUUUUCACUUGGAAACACACCACCCAAAAUGAAUUUCUCGAACCUCCCCCCCAAGCCUCCCUCUAGACAAAUCCGCGCCCUCCAGGAGGAGGAUGGCGCAACAAUCACAGUCUACCAAGCCUACCCAUCCACCAUCGCCACAGCCGCCGUCACCUAUCAGAGACUCGAUGCCUCCCCUGAGUUUCGCACCACCCGUAUGACCUGGAUCAAGCCCAGCUGGGCCUGGAUGCUCUACCGCUCCGGAUAUUCUUACAAGGAUCCUGGACAGGAGCGCAUAUUGGCUAUCAAGAUGAAGCGGGAGGAUUUUCUGGGGUUGUUGGGAAGGGGAGUCUUGACUCAUGGUACUGCUCCUCCUCGUCCAGGGCCACAACAGGGGCAGGAAAUGACAAGUGAUGCUCAGGGACGAACAAGCGGGGAGAGAGGAGAGGAAGCAGCGCCCAAAGAAAGUACCAGGGAAAGCAAGAGGAGAGACAGGUUACAGUCGCUUGACGUCAAGAUCCAGUGGGAUCCCGAGCGGACGGUGCGGCUGCAUAGUCUGAACUAUCGCAGUAUUCAGAUUGGGAUACCAGCUGGGUUGAUUAAAGAGUGGGCGCAGGAUAUGAUUGUGAGCAUUGAGGAUGUUACAGACAAAGCGAGAGCGUUGAAGAAGAUACUUGAUGAGAGGCCAGAUGUGAUUGAUGAGGAGUUGGCUGAAUUGGGGCUGAUUCCAAAGGAGACUGAGUUUGAGGUGCCAGUCGAGUUGAGAAGUCGAUUAGGGAUGUAUCAUGAUGGGUUGGUGAUGGCGUCGGAGCCGUAGGAGGAGUCCAUGUGCGAGAUGUACUUGGCGGGAGAGACAAUAGGGUCGAUGUUCGAUGUUCCUCUUCCGCAUGAAGGAUUUGCGCUCGGUGUCUGCGAGGGUGCUGGCCGUCUCGGCCAAGAAUAG